GCUCUGCAUGAGUUUCAGGACCAUGGCCAAGAAGAGUGGAAUCCUUAUUUGGGGGAUCCUGCUGUCCAUCUCCAGCUGCCUUGCCUCUUUUGAGGACAUUCUCAAGUGUUUCCAGGAUCCUGAUUAUGAGGCCUUGCUUCUCAUAGCCCAGAAUGGGCUCCAUACCUCCCCAUCGUCCAAGCGUAUAGUGGUAGUGGGAGCUGGCAUGGCAGGACUAGUGGCAGCUAAGCUCCUACAGGAUGCUGGUCAUGAGGUAACAAUCUUGGAGGCCAGCAACCACGUCGGAGGUCGGGUGCUCACACACAGAAACAAAGAGGAAGGCUGGCACUUUGAACUUGGGCCAAUGCGAAUCCCAGAAAGCCACAGGAUAAUCCACACCUAUAUCCAGAAGUUUGGCCUGAAGCUGAAUAAUUUCACCCAGCGUGACAACAACACCUGGUACCUACUCAGAGGACACCGUUACCGUGCCUGGGAAGUCAAGGCUAACCCAGAGAUCCUGGGCUACCCACUGAGGCCCUCAGAGAAGAACAAAACUGCUGAAGACCUGUUCUACCAAGCCAUCACUAAGGUCAAAGCAUCCAACUGCAGCCAGUUGCUGUCCCUUUAUGACUCUUACUCCACCAAGGCUUACCUCCUGAAGGAAGGGAUGCUGAGCAGAGGGGCCAUCGAGAUGAUCGGGGAUAUGAUGAAUGAGAAUGCUGGGUUCUAUAGGUCCUUCCUGGAGUCCCUGAGGAUUGCAAGCAUCUUCACCAAAAAUGACCAAUUUACAGAGAUCACCGGUGGCUUUGACCAACUCCCGAAUAGCCUCAAUGACAGCCUGAAGCCUGGCACCAUCCAUCUGGGGUCCAAAGUAGAAAGAGUGGUGGGAAACGAGUCUAAGGUUGAGGUUUUGUACCGCACAGAUGGGCCCACCUCUGCACUGUACAAUCUCACUGCGGACUAUGUCAUCAUCUCUGCCUCAGCCAAGGCCACACGCCUCAUCGCCUUCCAGCCACCCCUAUCCCCAGAAAAAAUACGUGCCCUGCGCUCCAUUCAUUACAACAGUGCCACCAAGGUGAUUUUCGUGUGCAACGAACGCUUCUGGGAAAAGGAUGGCAUCCACGGUGGCUACUCCGUCACAGACCGACCCUCUCGCUUCAUUUACUAUCCCAGCUACAGCCGGCCAAGCAGCAAGGGAAUCCUGCUGGCCUCCUUCACUAUGGAUGAUGAUUCUUUCUUCUUUACCGCCCUGAAGCCCAACCAGGUGGUGGAUGUUAUCCUGGAUGACCUUGCCGCAGUGCACCUCAUACCCAAGGAGGAGCUAAAGCGCAUGUGCCCAAAGUCAGAGGUCAAGCACUGGUCUCUAGACCCCCUCACCAUUGGCUCCUAUGCUGAACUCACACCCUACCAAUUUUUGGACGAUUUAAAGCAGCUCUCCCUGACAGAGGGCCGCAUCUACUUUGCUGGGGAGCAUACCAGCCUGCCACAUGCCUGGAUAGAAACCGCCAUCAAAUCUGGCAUCCGGGCUGCCAAAAACAUCCAGGACACAGUGGACAAGGAGGCCACUCAGGGACAGGUGGCUCUUUAGAGGUCCUUUGCCAACAAUCAGGAUACCCCCCCCCAAAAAAAACCAAUCUGUGGGAGAGUCUAAGAGAAUUAGCUAGAAAUAAAAGGAGGUAGAGACCCAGGAGAGAGGUCCCCACUGGUCCCUUGGUCUGCAAGCAGGAGCCGUGCUGGGAAAGUGACAAGAGAUAUCACCCCCUAUUUUGUCUUAACUCCCUGCUUAAUUCUCCAUGGGAAAAGGCAGGGGGUACCUGUCUAGGCUGGAGAAUUCUAGAAUCAGCCUUUAGCUUAAAAGAUAUUGCCUCUUGCUGCAAAACAAUAACAAGCAAAUAAAAAAAUUUU